AUGGUUCAGAUCAAGAUCUCAAUGCUAGCCACAACUUUGGGCAUCAUGAGCGCCGGUCUCGGCUGCUCUGCGGCAACCAUCACAAACAGCCUGCUCCUCGCUGAGGUUGCGCAGCAGCUCUCCCUUCCAGCAUCUACAUGGUCAGCCAGCGGCACACACACAGCGAAGGGAUAUACCAGCGAAUCAGCAGAGAUGGCGUCUUUGAAGGGCUUGAAGGAGGACUGCGACAAUAUCAACCUCAACAAGAAGUUGGCUGUUGACUUCCGCAGCGAUGUCUUUGGUCCCGGCGUUACGGGUUUCUUCUACAAAUGUGAGAAGGUUAACGACGAUACCAACAACUACUGGUUCACUAUCAGUGCUGGAGACAAGACUCAGAUCGACAAGCUCUGUGAUCCAGAUACUACCUACCCCAUUGUCUACGAUAAGCAGCAUGAUACCUGGUUCAUUGACGAACCUUUUGAUUGCACCAAACGAACCAACCCGAGCGACUUCUUUUAG